AUGAAAAGACCCGUUAGUGUGGCGGACGCGGUGCUGGGCGUUAAUACUGAAUCUGAGAAAAUUAAUGUCGGGGUAUCCGUGACUUCCACGUUUAUACUGCUUAAUACCGUAGUAAGCAGCUCCUGCGUCGUUACUGAACUGACAACAGUGGAGGUGGCGGCUGCUGCCCCUGCUGUACUAGAGUCGGUUUCGACUGACGUAACAACUACCAAAGAAUUGGUGGUUAAAACCGAGGUCGUAAACUGGAUCGAGGUUAACGUUGCUGCUGUGGUGACUGACACUGGCACCGCGGGGGUGAUAGGUGCUAUUGAUGUCGUGACCGAUUCGGGUGCUGCUGUGUCUGCGGGGCAUACGCCUGCAUUUACUACCCCGAACUGA